AUGCGAUGCGGUGACUUCAUAUGCAUUCAUUCGUACGACCCGAAUCAGAUACCGGGAUAUUGCGGAAUAGCCGUUGAAUUCGUCUCAAGGGGACAGUGUAACUAUUCGGGGAUUGGAGGUGUAUUCAAAUUAUUUAAGAACAUUCUUGGUGAUUUAUUCAAUGCGCCUGCUCUUGCUACUUGUCUCCUUGAAAUCUUAACCUCCUUCAUGCGUGAUGCUUUUCUUGUGUAUUUCAAGAUUUACAACUUCUUCUUAAUCGGUGAUGGUUUGACGUUUCCAUAUGAGUAA